AUGGGUUUGAUUCUGGCCAAAUUCUGGAGGCAAUGGUGGUCAGGAAAAGAGCAUAAAAUCAUAAUAGUUGGUCUGAACAACGCCGGAAAGACAACAAUACUUUAUCACUAUGUAACUGGAGAUGUGGUCGACACAAAACCAACAAUUGGAAGUAACGUUGAAGAAAUGACGUACAAAAAUUUUAAGUUUGUAAUGUGGGAUAUUGGCGGUCAAGAGAAGCUCCGACAAUCAUGGUCUUCUUAUUAUAAUAAUACAAAUGUGGUUAUUGUAGUUAUCGAUAGUGCUGAUGUAAUUAGGUUAGCUGAAAUUAAAAGUUUACUGUUUAAAAUGUUAGAACACGAGGACCUUGCCAAAGCUCAUAUCCUCGUUCUCGCCAACAAGCAGGAUCUCCCAAGCGCGUUAACCGCCGGCGAAAUCUCCAAUCAGCUCGGUCUCACGACAAUCAAAAACCGACGAUGGCAAAUCCAGGCGUGUUCGGCCAUCAAAGGACAAGGUCUCACCGAAGCGCUCGACUGGAUCGCGAACAAUAUUUAA